UACAGAGAGAGAGAGAGAGGUUCACGACAAACCUCAAUCUGGCAACCCAACUUCUCCACUAGCAGCGCCUACAAUCUGGCAACCCAACUUCUCCAUUUUUGCGUUGUGAGUUGUGACCACCACUUCCUCUCCCCAGACUUCACCAUCACUCCCCACUCUGCACAUGCUCUCCUCCACACUUUCGCUUUCUUCUUUUAACCUUCACCUUGUCACCUUUAUUUCAUUUUCUCAUGCAAGCAUUUCCGUGUGGCAGUAAAAGAAUUUUAAUGAGGUUGGUGAGUAAUUAAAGUUUCAUCAAAUCCACCACCCUUUUUCGCAACUCUUUCUAGUUUGUCUUUUGCUGCGUUAUUUCUUAUCCUUUUUGGGUUCCGAAACAAUGUCAGUGAAACUCCACACACUCACUCCUCCUCUGCUCCAUAUCCAUUUCCUAUGGCAUCCCUGCAUAAACUGCUGUCUGAAGAAGGAUUCGAGCGCCAAAAUUCUCGAAAACCCAAGAAAAAGGUCAAGUUCAAAGACAGAAGCCGUCGGGAAGAUUCAUCAAUCGCACUCCCCAUUUACGUCUGCCAUGAUCGCAGAAGCUUUGAUUCUUCGCGUCAAAGGGCUGAAAAGGCCCUCUCCCUCAAGGGCUCUUCCGUUUUUUCGUCAACAAGAGUAGGUUCUGGCUCUGAAAGAUCGAAUGCCAAGUCAGUGGCUCAGGGAACUCCAAGAAGAGAUGAACCCGCCGUUGAUGGUGUUGCCGUCAAAGCUAUGAUUUCUAUCUUGAGUGGCUAUGUUGGGCAAUAUUUGAGUGACGAGAAUUUCCGCCAAGUCAUUAGAGAAAAGUGCCGUUCUUGCUUUGAGGGAAGGAAGAAGCAAUCAGAUAACGAGAUUUUCGCUCAUUUGGAAAUGGGCAUUCAGAGCAUUGAAAGGUUGGUUGAGAGUCGUGACAUAAAGGAAGAGAUGGACUUAGAGUCACUGCAAAAGUCCAUCAAGAUACUGAACAUUGUAGCAUCCUUGGAUUCUAAUAAGAGUUUGAUCAAUGAUUCAUAUCUCUCCGCUUGUGCGCAUCUUUACUUAUCAAUCGUAUACAAGAUUGCCAAAAACGAUAAGAUUGCAGCAAGGCACCUCCUGCAAGUUUUCAGCGUGUCCCCAUUUCUUGCUCGAACGCAUUUGCUUCCUGAACUUUGGGAGCAUUUCUUUCUUCCUCAUCUUCUUCAUCUCAAGAUUUGGGCCAACAAAGAGCUCGAUGUUCUGGCAACUUGGGGAUAUGCCGACAAGGACAAAAGGAUUAUAGCUUUGAACGAGCAGUACAAUAGCCAAAUGGAUACUGGCACAUCAAAAUUUGCUCUGUACUACAAGGACUGGCUAAAAUUUGGUGGGCAAGCCCCUCCUACCCCAUCAGUGCCUUUGCCUUGGAAACCAACUUAUGCACGUUCAAGAAGGAAGUCUUCAGACUCUUCUACUUCUUUUCACUCCAAGAGCAAUAAAUCACUGUAUCAAGCAGUAUUUGGCCCUAUUGUGAAGGGACGGUCAAUGGACCUGGACAAUGGAAAUGAAGAUUCCAAAAGUGUGUGGGAUUUAGAGGUAGGAGAAAAAGUGCGUAGGGCAGAGGAAGAUAUAAAGCAUUGCAGUCAUGUGGAAAAAGCUGUUGCUCACCGGAGGUCGUCAAGUCUAAGUUGUAGAAUAGAGAAGGCAGACUUAUGGCCCGACAGUCAAAAGUCGGAUUAUUUCCGGUUUCUAGCUUGCCGGACUGAAUCAACAAAGUGCUUGGUACAGGGAAACUAUAUGUCUAACAAUGAGACAGUAAAGCAUGAUGCAAAUAUCCAUGUUUUUGCGUUGAAUGACACGACCAGAGCCAUUUCCACCAUUUGCUCCUCAGAAAGCCUGAGGGAUUGUGAAAUUGCGAUUCGGACGGUCAGUGAAGCUUGGCUAAAUUCUCAUGGAGAUAAGGUAAUUGAAACCUCACUGUCACAGGUUUCAGUAAUACGAGGGAUCAUGGAGGUUCUCUAUGUGUCCAACGAUGAUGAGAUUUUGGAGCUCGCAAUAUCCAUUUUGGCAGAACUCGCAACUAAGAGUGAGAUGAAUAAAAGAUGCAUACUAAACUCGGAUCCCCAGCUUGAUGUUUCAAUAAGACUAUUGAGAAGUAGUAACCUAUUCCUGAAAGCCGCAGCUCUACUUUACCUGGUGAAACCAAAGGCGAAACAGAUGAUAUCGUUGGAGUGGGUUCCACUAGUCCUCAGAGUGUUGGAAUUUGGUGAUCAACUGCAGAGUUUAUUCUCUGUGAGGUGCAUUCCUUAUGAGGCAGCGUAUUACUUCCUAGACCAACUUCUAACGGGAUUCGACGAAGACAAGAAUUUAGAGAAUGCAAGGCAGAUCGUUUCAGUUGGUGGAUUAAGCUUGUUGGUGAGGAGGAUGGGUGAGGGGAAUAGCGGUGAGAAGAGCAGAGCUGCUUCUCUCCUUCAUUAUUGCAUCCAAGCUGAUGGAAGCUGUCGCCACUACUUGGCGAAGAACUUAAAGAAAGAGGCUGUUGUAUCCCUGCUAGUCCUGGAAAGGCAGUCAAAUUCUCAUGCCCUAGCACUACUGACAGAGUUACUACGGCUUAGCUGGAGAAAUGGGAGAAUAGAAUCUUUAACUGGAUUAAUAAAGGGAUGGGAUUGCUUAAACACCAUGCACAUUUUGUUGUUCAACCUCCAAAGGGCACGGCCUAAACAACGGCCCAUCAUUGCAGUCUUAUUGCUUCAGCUAGAUCUCAUGGGGGAUCCUCUUGAACACAGUGUAUACAGAGAGGAGGCAGUAGAUGCAAUUGUAAAAGCACUAGACUGUUGGGUGUUUGAUGAAAAGGUUCAGGAGCAAUCCGCGAGAGCUCUCUCAAUUCUGGGAGGACACUUCUCUUACAGUGGAGAGGCAGAGGUAGAGACAUGGCUAUUGAGAAAAGCAGCAGUCAAUGAAAACACAGGAAAUACCUUAUACACACACAUGAACGAAGAGGAUAAAACCAUGGAGAUUUGGCAGAGGAAAACAGCGAUUGCAUUGCUCACCAGCGGAAAUAGGAGGUUAAUUUCUGCUCUUUCAAACGCAAUGGCACACAGCAUUCCAUGUUUGGCACGAUCAAGCCUAGUGACUAUUUGUUGGAUAAGCAGUGCUCUCGAUUCCCUUGGGGAUAAAGAACUUUAUUCUGCAGCAUGCUCAAUCCUCGCGCCACAGCUGAUAGAAUGCUUGAAGGAUAAAACCACUGCUGAGGAAAAGAUUCUAGCUUCGUUUUCUUUACAUAACCUUGGAAAGGGUACAGAUUAUUUUUCUUGGCUGUCUCGAUUGGAGAAAGAGGAAGUUCUUGGUUGCCUUCACAAACUCUCCCGGGUAACAUGGACGGCUAAGGAGUUAAUCCCAGUUGUCACAACCACUUUGUUCAAGGAUUCCUUUCCUUAAAACCGUCUCCACUGUUGAAGUUCUCUCUUCUCUAUCUGCAUAUAUAUUACACGAGUGUCUUUUCGAAGUACGUCAGAACACUUUUAUUUCUUGUAUAGAAUUUGUUUUAUCUUUUUACGAUUCUACUGAUAAGGUAAAAUGGUCA